AACUCAUAAUGAGGAGCAACUCAAAUUCCCAAAUCUUAUCAAUUCAGUGCAAAAUGUAACGGCAUAGGAUUCUCAAGCACUUUUUUAAACAAAACAUUCCCACAAAUUUUUUCAAGAUAGGCUAUGAUUAGGAGUGUGCCUAUGUGUCCUAUAAAUAUACUUUUUUUUCUUGCUUAUAAAAAACCCCCCUUGCCACAGCAAACAUCCUAUCAUUCCUAUUCACUUUAGCAUGCAUCAUCAGCUGAAGCUCAACAUGAGAAGACAAACUCCCAUUCAUCUUCUCCUUGUAUGGCUCCUGCUUGCAGCUUCUCAAUACCACUACACUAUUAAUGUUCAAGCUAUUGAAACAGUUCAGUUCAAGCACAAUUCUGCACAGCCUGGCUCAGGGUCGGGGUCCGGAACCAGAUAUGUUUUACCUACUUGGGUCAGUGGAAGGAAGAUCCAUAAAACUCCAUCAGGUCCCAACCCAGUAGGGAAUCAUCGCCCACCAUCAAAGCAAUGAACAUUUGAUGUACUUGUUCUUAACUUAGUAUGUAGAACUAAUCAGAUCAUUAUAUUUGUUGGAGGCUAGAAAGGAAGGUCAGUGUUAUUCAUGUAGGUAAAAAAAACCUCUCCUCUGAGGAAUGCGAGUGUACAAAAUUGGAAUUUUGAACAUUUGAAUUCUAGAAGCUUUUGUGCAUGAG